AUGAACAGACUAUUUGGAACUAAAAGUAAUAUUCCUAAACCAUCAAUAAAUGAUGCUGUUAAAUCUAUAGAUGAAAGAGUUGGUUCAUUAGAUGUUAAAUUAACUAAAAUAAAUUCAGAAUUAUCAACUUAUCAACAAAAGAUUGCAAGAAUGAGAGAUGGUCCAGGUAAGAAUUCAUUAAAACAAAAAGCUCUAAAGUUAUUACGUCAACGGAAACAAAUUGAAGCUCAAAAAGAUCAACUUGAAAAUCAAUCUUGGAAUAUGUCACAAGCUUCAAUGACAACUGAUAAUUUACAAAAUACCAUGGUUACGAUAAAUGCUAUGAAGGUGGCAAACAAGCAACUAAAGCAAACAUAUGGGAAAAUAGAUAUAGAUCAAUUAGAAUCAUUACAAGAUGAAAUGUUGGAUUUAAUUGAUAAAUCAAAUGAAUUACAAGAAGCUUUACUGACAAGUUAUGAUGUACCUGAUGAUAUUAGUGAAUCUGAAUUAGAUGCAGAAUUAGAAGCUUUAGGUGAAGAAAUUCAAUUUGAAAAUGAAAUGGCAGAAAGUGGAGUUGGUGUACCAAGUUAUUUAAAUGAAGAAUCUUCUGGUGUAGAGAAUUUACCAACAUUUAUUGAUGAAGAACCUGAAUCAGCAACAAAGAUAGCCAAUUAA